AUGGUCCGGCUCCUCUUGAUCUUCUUCCCAAUGAUCUUUUUGGAGCUGUCCAUUUUGCCCAGGAUGCCUGACAGAAAAGUACUGUUGGCAGGUGCCUCGUCCCAGCGCUCUGUGGCGAGAAUGGACGGAGAUGUCAUCAUCGGAGCCCUCUUCUCAGUCCAUCACCAGCCUCCAGCCGAAAAGGUACCCGAAAGGAAGUGUGGGGAGAUCAGAGAACAGUAUGGUAUCCAGAGGGUGGAGGCCAUGUUCCACACGUUGGAUAAGAUUAAUGCGGACCCGGUGCUCCUGCCCAAUAUCACUCUGGGCAGUGAGAUCCGGGACUCCUGCUGGCACUCUUCCGUGGCUCUGGAACAGAGCAUUGAGUUCAUCAGAGACUCCCUGAUUUCCAUCCGAGAUGAGAAGGAUGGGCUAAACCGCUGCCUGCCUGAUGGCCAGACCCUACCCCCAGGCAGGACUAAGAAGCCCAUUGCUGGAGUAAUCGGCCCUGGUUCUAGCUCUGUGGCCAUUCAAGUCCAGAAUCUUCUCCAGCUGUUCGACAUCCCACAGAUCGCCUAUUCUGCCACAAGCAUAGACCUGAGCGACAAAACUUUGUACAAAUACUUCCUGAGGGUGGUUCCUUCUGACACUUUGCAGGCAAGGGCAAUGCUUGAUAUAGUCAAGCGCUACAACUGGACCUAUGUCUCUGCAGUGCACACAGAAGGAAAUUACGGCGAGAGUGGAAUGGAUGCUUUCAAAGAGCUGGCUGCCCAGGAAGGCCUCUGCAUCGCGCACUCGGACAAGAUCUACAGCAACGCUGGCGAGAAGAGCUUUGACCGGCUUCUGCGCAAGCUCCGGGAGCGCCUUCCCAAGGCCAGGGUUGUGGUCUGCUUCUGCGAGGGCAUGACGGUGCGGGGGCUACUGAGUGCCAUGCGCCGCCUGGGCGUCGUGGGCGAGUUCUCACUCAUUGGAAGUGACGGGUGGGCAGACAGAGACGAAGUCAUUGAAGGCUAUGAGGUGGAAGCCAACGGGGGAAUCACGAUCAAGCUGCAGUCUCCAGAGGUCAGGUCGUUUGAUGACUACUUCCUGAAGCUGAGGCUGGACACCAACACCAGGAAUCCUUGGUUCCCCGAGUUCUGGCAACAUCGCUUCCAGUGUCGCCUACCGGGACACCUCUUGGAAAACCCCAACUUUAAAAAAAUCUGCACAGGAAAUGAAAGCUUGGAAGAAAACUAUGUCCAGGACAGUAAAAUGGGAUUUGUCAUCAACGCCAUCUACGCCAUGGCACAUGGUCUGCAGAACAUGCACCACGCUCUGUGUCCUGGCCACGUGGGCCUGUGUGAUGCCAUGAAGCCCAUUGACGGCAGGAAGCUCCUGGAUUUCCUCAUCAAAUCCUCUUUUGUUGGAGUGUCUGGAGAGGAGGUGUGGUUCGAUGAGAAGGGGGACGCUCCUGGAAGAUAUGACAUUAUGAAUCUGCAGUACACAGAGGCUAAUCGCUAUGACUAUGUCCACGUGGGAACCUGGCAUGAAGGCGUACUGAAUAUCGAUGACUACAAAAUCCAGAUGAACAAAAGUGGAAUGGUGCGAUCUGUGUGCAGUGAGCCUUGCUUAAAGGGUCAGAUUAAGGUCAUACGGAAAGGGGAAGUGAGCUGCUGCUGGAUCUGCACGGCCUGCAAAGAGAACGAGUUUGUGCAAGAUGAGUUCACCUGCAGAGCCUGUGACCUGGGGUGGUGGCCCAAUGCAGAGCUCACAGGCUGUGAGCCCAUUCCUGUCCGUUACCUCGAGUGGAGUGACAUAGAAUCCAUCAUAGCGAUCGCCUUUUCUUGCCUGGGCAUCCUCGUGACACUAUUUGUCACCCUCAUCUUUGUGCUGUACCGGGACACACCUGUGGUCAAAUCCUCCAGUAGAGAGCUCUGCUAUAUCAUCCUGGCUGGUAUUUUCCUCGGCUACGUGUGCCCUUUCACCCUCAUCGCCAAACCUACUACCACGUCCUGCUACCUCCAGCGCCUCCUAGUUGGCCUCUCUUCCGCCAUGUGCUACUCUGCUUUAGUGACCAAAACCAAUCGUAUUGCACGCAUCCUGGCUGGUAGCAAGAAGAAGAUCUGCACCCGGAAGCCAAGGUUCAUGAGCGCUUGGGCCCAGGUGAUCAUAGCCUCCAUUCUGAUUAGUGUACAGCUGACCCUAGUGGUGACCUUGAUCAUCAUGGAGCCUCCCAUGCCCAUUUUGUCCUACCCGAGUAUCAAGGAAGUCUACCUUAUCUGCAAUACCAGCAACCUGGGUGUAGUGGCCCCAGUGGGUUACAAUGGACUCCUCAUCAUGAGUUGUACCUACUAUGCCUUCAAGACCCGCAACGUGCCCGCCAAUUUCAACGAGGCUAAAUACAUCGCCUUCACCAUGUACACUACCUGCAUCAUCUGGCUGGCUUUUGUUCCCAUUUAUUUCGGGAGCAACUACAAGAUCAUCACUACCUGCUUCGCAGUGAGCCUCAGUGUGACGGUGGCCCUGGGGUGCAUGUUCACUCCCAAGAUGUACAUCAUUAUUGCCAAACCGGAGAGGAAUGUCCGCAGUGCCUUCACCACCUCUGAUGUAGUGCGCAUGCACGUUGGUGACGGCAAGCUGCCGUGCCGCUCCAACACCUUCCUCAACAUUUUCCGGAGAAAGAAGCCCGGGGCAGGGAACGCCAAUUCUAACGGCAAGUCUGUGUCAUGGUCUGAACCAGGUGGAAGACAGGCGCCCAAAGGACAGCAUGUGUGGCAGCGCCUCUCUGUGCACGUGAAGACCAAUGAGACGGCCUGUAACCAAACGGCCGUAAUUAAACCCCUCACUAAAAGUUACCAAGGCUCUGGCAAGAGUCUGACCUUUUCAGACGCCAGCACCAAGACCCUUUAUAAUGUGGAGGAAGAGGACAAUACCCCUCCGGCUCACUUCAGCCCUCCCAGCAGCCCUUCUAUGGUGGUGCACCGACGUGGGCCACCCGUGGCCACCACGCCACCUCUGCCACCCCAUGUUACUGCAGAAGAAACCCCCCUGUUCCUGGCGGAUUCUGUCAUCCCCAAGGGCUUGCCUCCUCCUCUACCGCAGCAGCAGCAGCAGCAACAGCAGCCGCCUCCUCAGCAGCCUCCGCAGCAGCCCAAAUCCCUGAUGGACCAGCUGCAAGGCGUGGUCACCAACUUUGGCUCGGGGAUUCCAGACUUCCACGCGGUGCUGGCAGGCCCGGGGACACCAGGGAACGGGCUGCGCUCACUGUACCCGCCCCCGCCUCCACCGCAACACCUGCAGAUGCUGCCCCUGCAGCUGAGCACCUUCCGGGAGGAGCCCAUCUCCCCUCCUGGGGAGGACGACGAUGAUGACAGCGAGAGGUUCAAGCUCCUGCAGGAGUUUGUGUACGAGCGUGAAGGGAACACGGAGGAAGACGAACUGGAAGAGGAGGAGGAGGAUCUGCCCGCAGCCAGCAAGCUGACCCCGGAGGAUUCGCCUGCACUGACACCGCCUUCUCCUUUCCGAGAUUCGGUGGCCUCUGGCAGCUCAGUGCCCAGUUCCCCAGUGUCUGAGUCGGUGCUCUGCACCCCUCCAAAUGUGACCUACGCCUCUGUCAUUCUGAGAGACUACAAGCAGAGCUCUUCUACCCUGUAG